AUGGGAGCGAGAGACCCCUUCCGCCCUCGCCUGCACGCUGUUGGGACUGCCCUGGUCGGCGUUCGAGCGGCACGGGCGACGGAGGGCCGAAGGGGUGCCUUGUGGACAAGCACCAUCGCCAUCACCUUUUUUCAACUCCGCGUCUCACCCAAGGCCUCCCUCCCUCCCUCCCUCAGGCCAGGCGGGGACUGCGUGGAGGGCCUACUGCCGGCGGUGUACGAGGCAGCCCUUGUGCACUCGGAGACUCACCACCACAACCCUCACCACCUUCCGCCGGACCAAAGCACGUCUGCCAUCAUCUACGUGUCGAUCGUGGUGGUGUUCUACGUGGUGAUCAUCGCAGUGCUGGUUGGGACGACCCUCCGGCGGCGCGGCCAGGUCCUGGAGGAGGCUGAGGAGACGCGUCACCUCCUCAUCUACGACGAGAAGACCGACAGCGUGACGCCGACCCCGGCCGUCCCGACCUCCAGGAUACACGAGGCAGGACUGCUGACCGUGUGA